CAAUCGGAGCGCGGCAUGGGCGGGCGUUCGGAGAAAAGCCCUAUAAAAGGGCAUCGAAAGCUCCUCGCCGGCCGCAGUUGCUCUGUCGUCGGUGUCCGUCACCGAAGCUUUUGCUCUUCUUGAAAGGGCCGCCUCGCGGGGAAAUAAAAUCUAAACAGGGAGAUGGGUCCCUUCUUCGCCUUCUGCUCUCUGCUGGCUCUCGCGUCGGCCGGGCCUGCCCAGUACUUCAGGGAGGAAUUCGGGGACGGAGGUGAGGGUCGCUGCUGGCUGGCUGGGGGGCCGGGUUGGAGGCUCCCGGGGGCCGGGUGGGCUUCCCUUGGGCCGCGGGGGUUCGGGCCUCGCUUGGGGCUGUGCCGCCUGAGGAGAGGCUUAGAGGCGGCGGCGGGGGGGGGGGCGAUGUAAUUGCUCCCCCCGCCAUCUUAGGAGGCUCUGCCCCCCCUCGAAUUGUCAAGUGUCGUAUGACAGGAUCGCGAUAUUCGCCUUUCCUUGCAGCCCUUCCGAGUAUUUCCACGCGAUGCGGCUUCGUGAGGGCGGACGGGGUCGGCGUUAUUCCCAUCUUGGGGGUGGAGGGGUGGGCCCGAGGGGUGGAGGCCCCUCUGCGGCUUAAGCCAGCAAAGGCCGAGGCACGACUGGGAGCGGGCCGGGUUUCGGUUUCGGGGAGGUGGGGGGGGGGGCGAGCGCUGCAGCUGUCAGAACCAGGAGGAAGAAAGCGUCCCUUAAGGCUGGUGUAGGGAGUGAGAAGGGGCUUGCUUGCUUCCCUGGGAGCUCCAGGAUCCUGUCACAUGAAGGGCAGGAUGUAGAGAGGAACGUAUGGCUUCUCUCCCCCCCCCCCCAGGUAAAAAUGGGUAUCUAAGAAGCCUUGCACUUUAAGAGGGGGAACUUGUGCGAAGCAUGCAUUCAUUCUGUCACACUCCUUCCCAUUUUUUCAGGAGCAGCUCAGCCUGCCAAUACUCUUCACAUUUCACAGGAGCAGCUUCAUAUGCUGCCUUUGAGUUGCUGUUUUUAAGAGCCUCGCUUGAGAGAAGCUAGCAGAUGUGAUGGAACCUGCUAUAAUCCCCCCCCCCAACACACACACAUGCAUACACAUUGGGGAGGAUGCCACCUUAACUGCAUGUGUGACAAGGACGUAGGUCUUGUUGUGUCUAGUCUAGACCUGGGAUGCGAUGGGGAGUUGGUAAUUAAGGCAUAAUCAGCAGGGGCCAUGGGGAUAUAGAACACGGACUAAAUAGAUCGCUGUGGGGAUGUCUCUAGAACACACAGACCGCCCAUUGCUGGAGUAUCGAAAAUGACAGGUGCAUCCUGGUGUAGAGAAUUGAAAAGCAGUGUAGAUACUGCCAGCUGGUUUUUCUCUUAAGAACUCUACAAAAAUGUGGUUUUCGUGUUAUGUGCAUGGCAAUAAGGAUAGAAAUGGGUGUUGGUGCAAGAUAGGAGUGGAAGCUGUUUAGAUUGUUUCAGCACCUCAAUACUAGUUUUUGGUAUACCACUGCUGGAGUCAACUAUUGUCCAGUAGAGCCUUUUGAUAAUACAGUUGAAAUUGCCAGUAUUGAGGCCCAGCUGCUGUGGAGCGUCUGACAUGCAUUUUCUUUUGUUCCUCUUUGUAGAGAUUUAAGCUGCAAUCUUCAUCCAUUUAACUUGGAGUAAACCAUGUUUAACACAUUGGCAUAUGGUUUUGACACGUAUAGGAUUAUGUCUUAAUCAUUUCAUUUGUGGAUCUGAACACUUUUAAUUACACAUUUUUAAAUUAUUUUUCAUAGCAAAGCAGUUUCAUUAGAAAGCCAUGCAGUUGCAGUGCCCUGUCUUAAAUGGGACCAGUACCCCAAAAGUGAAGGUGCUAAUACUGCUUUUCUGUUGUAGCAUAUUAUAUGUAGGCAAUUUAUGGGGGAUAGAAAUUAGGUAGAUCAUUUGCAUUUGCAGUGAUCAGGCAAAGCAUGUUCUUAUUCACUGCUGAAAUUGUUGCCAGGAUUUUGCAGGUUAAGACAAGUGUUUUAUCUUAACAAAUUCUAGUUCAGUUUGUGUUCAAUGUGUUAACUUACACAUGAUCAGAAUUUGCUCAUUUUUUGCAUUUCACCCUUUUAAUGAGCUAUGGGUCAAAUUCAUGUUGCCAACUUGAUCUUCCACAACCUUGUGAAGUAGAUCUGGCUGGGCGGAAAGAUCAAGGGAACCCACAAAAACAGGACCAUUUAGUAAACCACAAUUCACUAACUUGGUGCAUGCCUGCUGGGGAAUUGUGCUCCCAAAAUACCUGGUGUGAGCCAGAUUGGCAAGAGCUGCAGUAGCCAACAGGGGAAGUCAUCUAAUAACAAGUAAAGCAGAAUCAGCAUACAGAUUUCAUAUGCAUCACAGCAUUGAAAAGGGAUUGGGAUGUUGGCCACAUAUAAAUCUGUCACAGCCCAUUAUAUGCUAAAUCACUUCAAGCAAAGUAGAUGUUGUGUUGGGCAUUUGUCCUGAGACUGUCUUGUCCUGGGACUGCCAUUACAUGUCAUGGCCAAGAGCAAGGUUUUGGACCCAACUAGUACCUGUAGUCAUCAUACCAGAUAGCCCAUUACUGUAUCCAUUUUAGCUUGCUUCAAGUUGAGUGGUAAGUUGAUUUUAAAAGAAUCAAGGUGGGGCCUGAACUUUUGCAACCAAAACUGACUGAUUUUGACUGACGUUUUGCUUCCUUGUACAGGGUCACUGCAACAUUGCAAAAACGUUGUAAGCUUGUUGCAAAAAUUAUUUUUGUAACUGAACAGAAAAAAGUGUUUGUGCCACAUGUUGCAUUUGAAUGGUUUUAUUUGCCCUCUGGUCUUGGGAGCAUUUGUAGCCCAGUGUUAACCAAAUGUAUGUGGUGAAUCAUUGUAGCUCUUUAGUUUCAAAAUUUGUUCCUUUCGUUCCUUUUAGAUGCCUGGACAAACCGUUGGGUAGAAUCAAAGCACAAGUCUGACUAUGGGAAAUUCAAGCUUACUGCUGGCAAAUUCUAUGGAGAUGCAGAGAAAGACAAAGGUAAGGAGAUGUUCUGGAGGACUGUGUUCUCUUAAUUCAGUCACAAAUGUAGUCCUAAAUCUGAAGGUGAUGAUUGCAGUGUUGCACAGGAUCAGGCUUGCCUUAUUAAAUGGUAGUAUAUCAGGCCAUCCCUGAGUUUUCACUUGCCACAACUUUUGUAGACAGACCUGUAAACAUUGGAUUAUUUUUCCACUUCUGGUCCCCCAGGUAAUAAAAAACUUGAGAGGGUUUCUGUGAAGGAAUUGUAUAAUCAGAUUUGCACACUAUUGUCAUCUAUAACGAUAUCCCUGUCUCUUAUAUACACCUUGACUGUGUUUCAUCUUCCCAGGACUUCAGACAAGUCAGGAUGCUCGUUUCUAUGCACUCUCUGCUACCUUUGAUCGCUUCAGCAACAAGGCUAAGACCCUGGUGGUCCAGUUCACAGUGAAACAUGAACAAAACAUUGACUGCGGAGGUGGCUAUGUGAAACUCUUCCCCUCAACCCUGAACCAAGAGGACAUGCAUGGGGAUUCUGAGUACAACAUCAUGUUUGGUGAGUGCGCUUGCUUGAAAUACAUACUUGUCUGGGCGGUUGCUAAUCCGUAAGGCUGUAGGAGGGGGUCAACAAGAGGCCCAUGCGGCAAAUUGAGGGUUGGUGCUCCUUCCCUUGGGCCUUCUCCAUGUAUGCUAGUAAAUGGACAUGAUGGUGUUUGGUUUUUAGAGGGCAGGGGUAUAGCCUUGCAUGGUGCUAGGCAAGCAUUGGAAACCCUUCUACAACACUUACAUCGGUCUGCUUUUGGAAUGGCACCUAAUUUGAGAAAUAUUGUUUGUUAUUGGGGAAUGAUUAAGCUAUGCAGUAGUGAACUGAGUAUUUUCUGUAUUCUUGUAAGUGGGCAUUGUGGUGUUAGUCUGAGACUGAACUGAAUGCUUGCUGCCCACUUUUGAUCAUCUGGGUGUGGGCCCCCAUUUUAAUUCUGUUAUGAAUCCUAUGCCCUUUGUCUCCAAUGCAGGUCCUGAUAUCUGUGGCCCAGGUACCAAGAAAGUUCAUGUGAUCUUCAACUACAAAGGCAAAAAUGUCUUAAUCAAUAAGGACAUCCGUUGUAAAGUGAGUGUCUGGAGACCUAACUGAGCAGUCCUUUUGAAAUUCUGAUCCUAGAAAGAAAGCAGUAUGGCUAAAAAUGGAUAGAAUUGCUAUUUAAUUAAAUCAAACCAGAUAUUAGGUUGUAUUCCCCAAAAUUAUUGUUGGACUGCACCCAAUGAGAUCACUGGUCAUUAUUUUCAAUGGAGCUACUCUGCAUAGGCCUACCAUUGGGUAGAAUUUUUUUAAUACUGUACGAAAUUUCUUACUAAUUUAACAUUGUUGGUGCUCUGUGACAUAUAUAUAUAGAGAGAGAGUUAGUUAAAUGAGGCUUUUGUCUAAAUUUAUACUUCUGUUCAUUUAGCAGAUGCAACUAUUUACAUUCUAACAUUCAUUUUUAUAUCAUUAAAAUACUACUCUGAAUCUACCCAGAAACUUCAGCCUUGCCUCAAACAAUUGUGGGCAUUUAAUUGUUUGGAAAUAGGAGAAUUGCCCAGUGUGCAGGUUUUGACAUUUAAUUGUUCACCAUAGAGGCUCUAUGGGAAUAAUGCACUCCCCAUAGGUUAAAAAUGAAAGCAUGCAAAAUGUAUUCAGUGUGAUAGUGAUGCAAAGCCUAGUUCUAAAAAUGAAGCUGUGUAAAUAAUACUCUGUUUAGUUGUAAAUUAACAUGGUUUAGUAGUCAGACUUGUGCCAUAGUUUAGGAAAUGUAUGCAGUAUCAGUGGGAAGCUUGACUUAAAUCUGCCUUUUUUUCCUUGCUGAAAAGCAUUCCACCCUAGGCUAAAGGGAAUCUGUUAUCCUCAGUUUUAAGCUGUUUCCUUUGACAGGAUGACGAGUUUACACAUCUUUAUACCCUCAUCGUGCGGCCUGAUAACACAUAUGAAGUAAAGAUUGACAACAACAAAGUGGAGUCUGGCAGCUUGGAGGAUGACUGGGAUUUCCUGCCUCCCAAGAAAAUUAAGGAUCCAGAGGCAAAGAAACCAGAUGACUGGGAUGAAAGAGCAAAGAUAGAUGAUCCUGAAGACACAAAACCAGAGGUUAGUGUGUACUAGUGGUGGUAUAGCACCAACAAUAUGCACAGCACUUAAGAGCAAUGUAAACAGAUGUAAACAGAGGCACCAGACUUGAAACCAGAGUUUCAGCUGUGGGGUAGACAAUAAGAGGGAGCUGGGGAAAUGGUUACGUUCUUUGUGAGUGGGUGAGAAGAGAUUGUGACACUGUAGCUUCAACUGAUAGCUGUGCAGAAGCAUAGAAUUGUAGAGUUGGAAGGGACCCUGAGGGUCAUCUAGCCCAACCCCUGCAAUGCGGGAAGGCAAUACUGAUCUUGGUUGGGUGAGAACGUUGCCUAAUACCUGUCUCCCCCCCAACUUGUUUUCAGGACUGGGAUAAGCCAGAACAUAUUCCUGAUCCUGAUGCCAAGAAGCCUGAGGACUGGGAUGAAGAGAUGGAUGGCGAGUGGGAACCACCAGUAAUCCAAAAUCCAGAAUACAAGGUAAAUAGUGGCUAAGGCUGCAGUGUUGGAUGUUUUCAUUUUUAAAGCCACAUCACCAAACUCCUCACUUAAGUGCCUCUAAUUAAUUAAGACUUCUAAAAGAAAGCAGUCUUAGAAGCCUUAUGUGGAAUGUACACAUACAUGUAUAAGAAGGUUUAAUUAAAACUGGAAUUAAUGUAAACCAUUCAUUUUUUAUUCUUUUGUCCCUUCCAUGCUUAAGUUAUCAAACGUGCUGGCCACAAGUAUUGGAGAUUUAUUUUAAAACUGGCUCUGUGUGUCAGUUGUAAUAGGUUCUGGAUUUCCUAUAUUUUUUAUUAUAUUUUUGCAGGGGGAGUGGAAACCUCGUCAGAUAGACAACCCCAACUACAAAGGGAAAUGGAUUCAUCCCGAGAUAGAUAAUCCUGAGUACACUCCGGAUCCCGACCUUUACUUCUUUGAAAACUUUGGUGUCAUUGGCUUGGACUUGUGGCAGGUGAGUUCUUGAAACAAUAUCCCACUUCUCCAUGCUCAGUUCACAACAAACAAAAGAGAAGCUACCACAUUCAUAUACCUGGCCAGAAGCUUACUAUUAAAAAGUUCAGGUCAGAUGUUAAGCAUAGAAGAAUGUUAUAUAAGGAUGCAAGUUUGAAUAGUUUCCUGUUUUUCCAAUGCUUCCUGCCCCAACAUCUGAAUGUAUUCUGGAUUUAUUGGUGGCAUUCCUGUCUUUCAGGAUUGUUGUAUAUACUCCUGUUGUGUAUGCUUUGAUGACAUAGAAAACUAUAACUUAACAGAAAACAUAUUAACUUAAUAAAUUAGUUGCCACAGCUGCCAAUUUUCUCAAGCAUUCAUUUAGUGGGGAAGCAGGAUAAAAAUUACUGAAAUAAGUAAUAUAAAUGUUAAUAGAAGUCGUGAGCAGUCUCAAAUCUAAGGCAGUUUUGUGUCCAAACAGACACCAAAUUAUAGGAAUACCAUAACUAUGAUGUAAAAAAAGAGAACAUAUAAAAAGUCUUUAUCCAAGACUGUAAUAGUUAUGCUAUUAAGGUGGUCUUGAUUCAAAAUGUGGUAUCAAAAGCAGCAGCUGCCAUUGGCAAUUUUCUGAUGUCUUAUUCUGUGUUCAGCUGCAGGAUUUAUGAGAGAAAAGUAGUGUGUAAAUACUUAAAUGAACCUGGAGCGGAUAGUGGAGAAAUUAUGGCUGAUUUAAAGACCAACUUACAGUGUGAUUGGAAAUGAUGCUGAAACACUUCAUUGCUUUAUAAGCUGUCCGAGAAACCUAGACUUAUGUAGAAACAUUGGAGCUAAUUGUUGUUGUUUGCUACAGGUCAAGUCUGGCACCAUUUUUGACAACUUCCUGAUUACUGAUGAUGAGAAAUUUGCUGAAGAAGUUGGCAAUGAAACCUGGGGUGCCACUAAGGUGAGGAGUCAUUUUUCUAGAUAUUCAUGGCCAGGGUCGUCACCACAUCAUCUUGUUUUACCUAGGUUUUGUAAAGUGCUUUAAAUGAAUAAUCUUCAUCUCCAAAUUGAGCAAGUUCCAGAUUCUGAGCUUUAGAAACUGCUAUGGACUAUGUUAAAAUGUUGAGGGUGACUUUUGGCUUCAAUCUCAUUCCUUCUAUGAUACAUCAUCGAAAACCAGUUUGAAGUCCAUAUUGUGCUACUGGUUUCAUAAUGUUUGACCUUUCAAAUUACGUGAAUCCUGGUAUGUGUUGCAAAAAUCACAAUGUGGGGAAAACUAUGAAGCCAACCAAUGCUUCUCUCAAUUCCUGCAGCCCGUAUUAGCUCUGCUUGCUCAGCUCUGCCCUGCCUCAAGCAGGGGGUAGUGAAUCAUAAAAGCAGGCGCUGGCAAAAAUGAUACAGGAAAAAACCAUGAAGCCAGCCAGUGCUGCUGCAUCCUUAUACUGAUAUACCACAAUGUUUGUAAUGCCACAGUAUUUAGCUGGCGAUAUGGCACAAUAUUCAAAACCAAAUAUCAUCCAGCCCUACUGUGGGGGGUAGGUCUCUUUCAACUCUGAUUCUAUUCUGAGAUCAAAUUUGUUUUCAACUGCUUUUAUUUUGCUGCUCCUUACUUUUUAUCAUUAUGUUCUUAAUACUUCAUGAUUAGCCCUGGAAGUAUAGUAUGCUGAAGGGUGGGAUAUAGAAAACUAAGCUGGUUGGUGGAUCCAAGCCAAGGCUCAGGCUUCUCUAUUCAAUAGCUAGAUGCCUUGUCAAACACAGGGGUAAGGUAUGGAAGUAAUGGCCUUCCCCCGUUCAUAUGUGAGCAACUCCCCAUUUACAUGGAGAAGUUUCAUUCAGAGGCACUGCGUCUGUCAGUGGGAUGUUCAUAAGCCUGCCCUGUUCUGCCCCCUUGCCAAUUGUGCACAAAUGGGAAGUUGCCAGCCUAAAUAUGGAGGUUUGAUUUUUGGCUUACUAUCUGUUGAUGUAUUUGUUCAUCUAUCUGCCCUCCAUGAGUUUUAAUUAUGGAAUGAACAAACACUCAAAGCUUGUAGCAAUCGCCUAACUUCUGUAAGUUAUAUGUUCUAUGACAUAUCAUUGCUGAGAGAUGAGGGCAGCUGCAUGGUUUUCAAGCCUUUAGCACCAUACUACUGAGUCCUACUUAACAUGAUAACCCCUAUUCACGAACAUAUAUCCCUUUAAAUUGUCACUAGGAUGCUGAGAAGAAAAUGAAAGAGCAGCAGGAUGAGGAGCAACGAAAGAAGCAGGAGGAAGAAGACAAGAAGAAGAAAGAAGAGGAAGGAGACGAUGAGCCGGAGGGUGAAGAUAAUGAGGAAGAUGAAGAGGAUGAGGAGGAAGAGGAAGAAAAGGAUGAGGAGGAAGAAACAGAUGGCCCACUGAAGGAUGAGCUGUGAUUAGGGGUGGUUAGGUGUGCUUGUUGGCUGAGCCUCGCCCUGGGCCUGUACCAUGCAGUCUGCUUGGUUGAACCCAACAAAGGAGAGGGGAUAACAGUAAUGUCUCUAUGAGACAAAAGAACUUUUUUUUUAUUGGUGUGUUUGUUUGUCUUAACCCUCUUCCCAAAUGUCAUCAGUUAUUCAUUCAUGUGUGUAGAGGGAGAACUAGAACCUGCGUCCUAAGGUGGCUAACUGUAGGAACAUAACCCUUUGAAAUGGGGAUGAUGCCAUUGACCAUCUUUUUUUUUUUUUUUAAAGAAUAUGGCCACUUUUUCACAAAAGUUUUGACUCCAGUCACCCUCCAGAAAUGGAUGUCCAUAAAGCAGAACUCCCCUGUAUUGCCUGCCCUUUUGCUUACCCUUUUAAGAUACUUGAAGCUCCAAAUGGUGGUUUCAUACUUAAAAGGGGUGGGAUACCUGGGAAUGGAAUAUUAGAUGGCUUCCAGGAGAACAAAAUUGAGACAACCAGUAUUGUAUGAUGUGUAAGACAAUGGAUGUUGACAUCCUGUCUUGUUCAAAGAGUAGUAACAGUCACUUUUGCUGCUGUGCUCAUUAGACAAAUCAGGUGCUUUUUAAAAAAGCACAAAGUGCAAUGGGCAAAGCAAACUAUUACUUUUAACCCAAUUUGGAUGGCACCCUUAGCUUUUAGAUAUUUCAUAUGACAGCCUUGUGUGUGUCAGGGUGUGGUGGUGGUCAUUGCAGAGCUUCAGCUGGAGGAUCACCAGGGGUGGGGGGUGAUAAAUUUCUGCUUUAGAUGUGUCCGGGCAGAGAGCUAGGAACUGAAGAGCCUAUGGAGGCAGAGACUAACACGAGGAGUCAUCUCACUUGUUCACACUUGAAUGUAUGGAAGAUUGAAGAAAAUUUCUAUUAAAUUAAACUUCAUGUCUGGCCCAUAAAUAGAUUUGUUGUGUUGUACUGUGUUUGGAUGAUCAUUGUACUCUGAGCUACUAUAGCAAAGCAAGGUCACUUGCCAAAAAGUGGUUUAAGAGUAUAUAAAAUUCUACUUUUGAAAGAGAAUAUAGGAUAGUAGAAAAUAAAUGAUAGCAUGGCUACUC